AUACCACCUAGACAAAACUUCCGGUUAAACUUACGAUUUAGAGCGGUGUCGAAAAUAAUCGUAAACAUUUGUUGCCUAUAAUGUAGUAAUGAAGAGUCAACACCCAGAUGCAAUUGAACAAACCAAUAUAGAAUUGAGGCGUUCAUCUAGGAACGCAGCAGGCAACAAACUUUCAACUUCAAGAAGACGUCAUGCGAAGAGUGUCUCCGGGUCUGGAAAGACCAUAAGUUCACAAAAUCAGAGAACAGAGCGUUUGCAUAAAACUGUUUCGCCAAUUAAACAAAAGUUACCUAUUAUUCUUGAAUCUCCUUCGACAUGUCAACAACAGAGUUCAGUUGGACAACCUACAGGGGAAAUAGCCACACCUAAAAGCAGCAAAACUUAUUCAUUUACAGAAAGCACACCAUUCAAGGAGGAUUUAUUAGUCUGUUCACAACAUUUUGACCCACAGUCAGAUGUUGGUUGGGAUUGUAGAUCACCAGAUGCUGUUAACUUUUUGAAAAGAAGUCAAAGAAGGAGGCAUCAUAGUGAUGUGUCAGACAUUAUUACUCAGCUCCAUGUCAAUACAGAGGAUUUACAUGAGGAAAUACCAGAUUCCAGUAAAACUCCUUUGUUGGGAUUAUGGAUAAAUGAUGGAAGCUGCUUUAGUAAUAACAAUUUACCAGACCCUCAACCAUACAGAGAAAGAAGAAAGAAAAAUAAAACCAAGUCAAAAUCUAUCAAAUCUAAGAAAGGAAAUGAUGGUGCACCUGAAGCUCUGGUAGAAAAGUUGCAGCAUGUUUUGGAAAAAUGUGAAGACAUUGAAGGCAACGAAAAGAAGGACCGUAGGAAAAGGUCACUUUCAGUUGGAGAUGAGUCAAAGGACUUAUUUGAUGAAACAUCUGGAAACGUGAACGAUAUCGACAGUUGGAGUGAUGAUGAUCUCUUUGAGGAUGAUUCUUUUAUCAUUAAAGCAACCCAAGUACAGGUAGAACCGAAAUGUCAGAAAAGAAAAAUGGAAACUCGUAAAAGUGAUGAACCACCUGUAAAAUUAGGGAAAUAUGUUGAAAAUCAGAAGUCUAUUCAACCAAGUCUUUCAACUGUUAAACCUGGCCUCUCAACAGCAAGAUUAACAAGGGUUACUGCUAAAGCUUCACCCUUUAAAAAACACAAGAGUUUCAAUGACAGAUAUGAAUAUCAAAAAUCCCAGGAGAAAAAUUACAACUAUGCUGUGCAGAGUAAAGCUGGUAGACCUGUUGAUACGACAGCUUGUGUCUUAACAUCAAAACAAAAUAAUACAUUUUUGUCAAAGCAAUUUUCAACAGUUUCUUCAAAACCCUAUUCUGUUAUUUCAACAAAAGGAAGUAGUUUAUAUAACAAUGCUCAUCAAGUUAGUAAUGUUUUAUCGAAGCCAUGCAAGGCCACUGUUCAAGUUUCUAAUAAUGUUUGUACAAUAAAACCUAUUGUGAUCAGUGGUUGUAAAGAAAAUGUUACUGCAUCUACAAAAUCUUACACAUUCUAUAAUUCUAAACCCAGUUUUACCAUGGCCAAACCUGGUAUUGUGAAUCAGUGUCCUACUUCAACACAGUCUUAUAGAUUGAGCAACUCUGAUCAUGGUGUAGUGCCUUCAGUAAAGUCAACUGUCUCAAGUCAGUGCUCAUUGACUUCAACACAAAGUGCAUAUAAAAUUUCAACAUGUACAUCCUUCUCAACUAGAUCUAGUUUUGUUACCACUUCAAAGCCUAUUCCAUCUGUUGCUAGCUUGUCCAAUAGGAACAUUGUCAAAACAGUUACAAGCACAGAAAUUCAUGGAAAGGUAAAGGAUGCAAGUCUUACACAUUUAAAGAAAACUGCGUGUUUGCAGUCUCCUAGUUCCCGCAGAACUAGUGGAGCAUUUGAUACAAGUCUUUCAGAUGAUAUACUGUGUCAGCUUGUGGAACCAGAUGAAAUUUUAGACAGUCAGAUACCAGUUUGUACAGGAAGUAACAAAACUGGUCAUGUUGAUGAUGCUUUAAGUUUUUUUCAUGAUGUUCCUCAGUCAAAGUCAGGAGCUGGGACUUCUGUUAUAAAUAAGCAGAAGGUUCCUAAUUUUAAAAUGUCAGCUAGUCAAGCUAAAAUAAACUAUGACAAAAAUCAUGCAAAUUCAAGUGCUCAAAUUUCAAUGUGUUCAAAUUUAAAACCUUCAGAGGUAAGAAGACAAACAAACAUUGGUGCUAAUUUAUCUAAUUUAUCUAGUCAAAUUUCAAAAUGUAAUUCAAAGAAAUUUGAACCGAAAUGUUUGAAUUCUACUAAACCAAACCAGAAAAACAAUGUGGAAACAAGUGGAAUAGAAGAAACAAAGAACUGUACAUUGGUCAAACAAGAGCCUAAAAAUAAUCAGGACUCGAUUGCAGGUAACUUUUCCAAAAGUGUGAAUACAACAUCAAAAGGCCUAACUGGUGCUGUCAAGGUCAAAGUUGAAACAAAGGACGAAAGUAAUGUGAUUGUGAAAAAAGAACAUAGGGUAGAACCAGCAAAAUCGAAUUCGUUCAAUUCAAGAACACCAAGGAGCAAAACAAUGACUGUAUCUUCUGCAUCAGCUGAUGCAAUGGAAAAUGCCAGUGAAGAUUUGUUCUUGUCGGAUGAUGAUGAAUUGUCUGAACCACAACUUUUAGCUUUGUUAGAAGAUGUAGAAUCUACCCAGUCUUGCAGUUCAACAAAUGCCAGAGUCUCAUUACUAUCAAACAGGGUCAACAGUUCUGUUGAUUCACAUCACCGCAUAGAUGAAAAGGGAGAUAAGAAAGAAACUACAGAAAAUAAGCAACAGACUUUUCCUCAAGCAGGAAAAGACUAUAAAAGUCAGUCAAAUUUAAUUAUUAAGCCAACUGCAAAUUUGCAUCACACAAUAAUUGGAAAUAAUUGUCAGCCUCUCAAAAGUCCAUUAAAAUGUUCACCAGAGGAUAUUGAAUCGAAACGACUGGUGGCUAUUAAACGCAAACAACAAAAAACUGACAUAGGAGAUAAAGUUGGGUCGUCUGGUAAUGUCCAUUCUCUCUCAGACUUCAGUCCUAUCAAAGGCACACCUCCUACUUCAGCCUGUUCACAGCCAAUGAAAAGUCCAUUUAAAUGUUCACCAGAGGACAUUGAAAAGAAAAGACUUGAGGCUAUUAAACGUAAACAACAAAAAUCUGCAAUAGUAAAUUGUUCAUCUUGUAAUACUCAACCUCUUUCUACAAAGUUAAGUUCAAUUGAAAGCAUGCCUCUUACUUCAGCCAGUUCACUACCACUUGAAAGUCCAUUUAGAUGUUCUCAGGAAAACAUUAAAGAGAAAAAACUGGAAGCCGUUAAUUGCAAACAACGGAAUUCUGACACGAAAAAUGAAGUCGGUAGCAAAACAACCCUUUCAGUCAAAUGCACUCCUCAGACACCAAAUAAUUCACAACUUUCUCAAAGUCCAUUUAAAUGCUCACCAGAGGAUAUUGAAAAGAAAAGACGGGCAGCAUUAAAACGGAGACAACUUAAGUUUGAUAUUUCUGGAUGCAAUACUCCACAGGCACAGGUGGUUGAAAAAACAUCCUGUGGGAACCAAAUAAACAAACACACAACUAACAAAUAUGAGAAUACAGGUUCUGUGUCAGUUUCAAAAUCUAAACCAGAAAGACAGUGCAGUGACACAAGUCCAUUAACAUGUUCACAGGAAGAGAUAAAAAACAAAAAAGAGGAGGCAUUAAGACGAUUGCAACAGAAAUCAGCAAAAAAUGUUCAGUCAGAAACAAGUACAGAUGAUCACGAAAGUUCCGCUAAGCAUGUUUCAAAAACACCAACAAAAUCUGUCAUAGAUAAAAGUCAUCUAAAAUGUUCACCAGAUGAUAUUGAAAAGAAGAGACUAGAAGCGCUAAGACGUAAACAGUUAAAAUUACAACAGGGAACCAACACUCAAUUAGAUAAUGAAAGUCAGUGUGAUGCAAGUCCUUUUAAAUGUUCUCCGGAAGAUAUUGAACUUAGAAAACAAGAUGCUGUAAAGAGGAAGAAGUUGAAGUUUGACAAUAUAGAUGACAAGAAAAAUCCUGAAAGGAGUUCUGGUUAUAAAAUUACAAAAACAAUUGAUGACAAAAAAUAUACUCAUAAGACCUCUGAUAUAAACAAAACAAGUAUUAAUACCAAUAAUUCCAAAACUGCAAGUAUUCAAAAUUUUAGUCCAGUUAAAUAUUCUCUCAAGGACGAAAUAGAGAAAAAGAAACAAAUUGCUUUACAAAGAAGACUUGAAAAGAUGAAUUCAGCUAAGAACUUAAAUCACAGUUGAUAUCUUUCUGAGAUAAUAGACAUCUACAGUGCUUUCGUUUGUUCAUGAAAUCUAUACAGCAUUAAUUUUGGUGAUUUAUUGUAUGAAUAAGUUGAUUUUUAAUGCAUCAUAGUUUAAAAUUAUUCAUCGAAGAUGGAUGUUAUGGUAUACCAUUGUUGCUUUACAUUUCUAUCUGAAAUAAUUUUCGUUAACUUUUUGCAUUGAAUACUGUAUAAGUUGAAAAUUAGGGACCUUGUAUUGUGUUUUUGUUGAUGUCAUCAUUAAGAUAGUUUUACUUAUGUUAAUUUUUUGUAAACUGAAGUUUCUUUGUAAAACCAUCAUAAAAUAUUUUAUUGGUACAUUUGUACUAUAAAAUUGGUGCAUAUUUCUUUUAUUUGGGUUAUAAAUUUUCAUCACUCAGUUUUGCUUUACUUUGAAUGAAUUUAGUUUAUAAUAAGUACAUUUUGUUUAGACCUACCUGUACAUGAAAUAGGCAUGAUGAUACCUUAACAUCACGAGAACAUUAUAUCAAUUCUUAUAUGGGUUGUAAGGAUUUAAGGGCUACUCAAGAAUAAAUUGUAUGAAGAGAAGUCAGAAGGCACUUAAUAAUAAAGUAGUAGUGUGGUUCAAAAAAAAAGGUUUCACACACUUGACCCCCACCCCCUUCUACAUUUCAUUUUGGAAUACCCGAUAAUGCUUCACUGGCUUAUAUAUGUGUUUAAGUUUUCAUGUUACUUCUUGAAACAUUCAAGUGUUUUAUGCAUAGUAAUGAUAGGCCAGGGAUUACCACAUUCUUAAAUCUAAAUAUAGCAUUCUUGCUCAGCCUAUUUUGAUUUAAUUUCAUUUCUUGAAUUUGCAGAUUAAUACACAUAAUUAUAAUGGUUCUCACAGUGAAAACUCUAUGGAAAAUACUGUUGAAAGUAAGCCCUGCCCAUUCACAUUAUUUUAUAAGGAUCACAAUACAACCACAUAAUGUAGAAGUCUAUUAAAUUUGUUAUUUGUGUUUUAUUUAUUUUUUUGGGGGGGGGGGGUUAAGUACAGAAAGAGAUAUAUUCUGAUAAUUUAUCAAAAUGCAAAAGUUAACCCCACGUUGACAUUUUUACAAAUAUUGCAUGAACAUGAUAAAAGGUCAACAAUAAUUAAUAUAUGGAUAGGUUUUGAUGAAUAAUUGCCUGUCUUUUUUUGGAUUAGGUCAGUAUGCCAGAAAUAAUACCUGGAAGGUUGUCAUUUUUUUUAAUAUGAAUUCAAUCAUAAACAUGUGCAUCUUACAGAUUUUUCAUUUGACAUUAGUUUUAGAGUUGAUUGCCAUUUAAAAUAUUUUUUGAUUUUUGCAACAGUUGAGACAUUUCAGUGUGUCACCUCUUGUUCAGUAUUCUAAGGAUUGAUGAAGGUAAUCUGUCUAAGAACUGAAAAGAAAUUCAAUGUCAACUUAGUUUUUAGGCGACAUUAACUAGUGGUGAAAGGGCAAAUAAAUUCAUAUGAUAAAUGGUGCGUAAUGAUAUUUAAUAGUACUGUUUGUGGGUAUUUUGUGAGAAGUAUGUUGCAAAUGGUUGUCUAUUUCAUUAUGAUGUUUUUUUUUGUUGAUAAGAAUUCUUCCCAGAGUGGUAAGAAUUAUAUAUAGAUAUACAGUACAUUAAUAAAAUAUUAUGAUAGCUA